AUACGGUGGAAUAAGCCCUAGGCCCAUUAAGCCCGAAGGUGAGCAGGUACUAGUCGUCAAGGAAGCAUUCCUUCGACAACUGCUACGCUAACAGAUGAUCCCUACUUGAUGACCACGCACUUAGAAGAUAAUAUAAAAGUGCCAGCUUCCCCUGUUUCCCACGCAGGAAAGCAUCAUCACAGACGACGCAAAUAGAAGAAAUAUACUUAGCCCUAACCUCGCGAGUAACCUUUCACCAUGGCUGCCCCACACCAGGAUCCAAGCGCAAGCGAGUUCAAAGAAGCCGUGAACGCCCUAUGGCAAGAAGACGAUGUAGCGAAGAAGUAUGAGAAUGCCGAAAAAGCAACGCGGCCCUUCGGAAAGAUCCUCGUGGAUAAAUCUGGUCUCGCACAUUUGAACUCUGACGCUCAUGUCUUUGAUCUUGCAACUGGGACGGGUGCCGUUGUUAAAGAGCUGUAUGAUGCAGUGCCGAAGGAGAAGUGGGGGAAACUGAAGAUACUAGCGGCUGAUGUCAGCCCGCCUAUGUUGGAGUACGUGAAGAAAUGGGCAGAAACGGAAGGCUGGACAGGAACAGAGACGCAGAUUGUGGAUGGCAAUAACAUUGACCUCCCCGCAAACACAUACACGCACAUAUUCGUCUCCUUUGCCAUCUUCGUCAUGCCUGAUGCGCUGCCGAAACUCUAUGAGCUACUCAAGCCCGGCGGUUUUAUCGGCGUAACGACGUUGGCCUGUCUGCCAUGGCAUUCACUGCUCGCUCGUUCCAUCGCCAGAAUGGCCGACGCACCCUACAGUCCGUCGUCCUCAGAUCUUGAGGAGAAGCUGUUUUCCGGCCGACCGUGGGGUGAUCACAAGUACGUUGUAUCUCAACUCCGCGAAGUGGGGUUGCACAACGUCGAUGCGGUGCGAGAGAAGAAGUCGGCGCAGGUUGGCACACCAAAGUUGUUCAUGGAGUCGAUGAGUUUUGUGCUUCAGAUGGUGGGUGCGUAUUGGGAAGAGGGUAAGAGGGAGGAGUGGUUAAAGGAACUGAAUGGCAUUAUGCUGGAGGAGAGUGCGAAGGAUGCGGGAGGCGAGGAGGAGCAAGUUACAUUGGAAUUCGAUGGUAUUGCUGGGUGGGGGUGGAAGAGUGGUUAA